UCGCUGCCGCGUGUCUCUCACUGGAAACUUGUGCGAUGGAAACUUUGGGAACUGUGGAUAAAUAUCUGUCACACAGCUAAGAUAACUAGAAAUAUAUGGUGCUUAUUAACUCUCCCAAUGUCUGACGAGGGAGAGGAAAGCGACAGCGGCGACAGAGCGCACAUCUCGGAGUCUUCCUCCCCGCCUCUGUCUCCUAGUCUUCCCCGAGGAUCUCCUAUAUCUCCGCGGCCCCUAAACCUCUUCUCCUCCGCGUCUCCGCUUCUAGGGGACACGGACCCGCCUUACCUCGCAUCUUCUGAGUGUCUACAUCCGUCUCCACAGAGUCGGGAACUCGGGAGCUCUACGCACUUCACGCCGCCAAAGUACCGCCAACGUACCGGGGACACCGGCUCUCCCUUUCAUUCGCGGCUGGAUGUGCGGAUAGAUGUGGGGCAUGACCACUACGAUGACCCGCUUCCCAAGUGGAGAGGGCGAGGAGCGGCGAAUGCUGAACGCUUUCAGCACCACGGACAGAGACUCCAGGCUCCGGAGCUCUCGGACUACGGGAACCACUACUCUGUGGAGCACAUCAUAGAUACCGAGACCAGCUCCGAAACCCGACAAUCAGUGGAAGCCAUGCAUCGCCGGCACACAACGCUGAGGGAGAAGGGGCGUCGCCAGGCUGUGCGGGGGCCAGCUUAUAUGUUCAACGAGCGUGGCUCCCCCCUCACUGCAGAGGAGGAACGUUUUCUGGAUGCUGCUGAAUACGGAAACAUUCCUGUGGUGCGCAAAAUGCUGGAAGAGUCCAAAACACUGAACUUCAACUGUGUGGACUAUAUGGGCCAGAAUGCUUUGCAGCUGGCAGUAGGCAAUGAGCACCUAGAAGUGACGGAGCUGCUUCUCAAGAAGGAUGGUUUGGCCAGGAUUGGAGAUGGUCUGCUUCUGGCCAUUUCUAAAGGUUAUGUCCGAAUAGUUGAAGCUAUUCUCGGCCAUCCUGCUUUCGGUGGAGGUCUCCGACUGGCUUUGAGCCCUCUGGAGCAGGAGAUGCGUGAUGAUGAUUUUUAUGCGUAUGAUGAGGAUGGAACGCGUUUUUCUCAUGACAUCACACCAGUUAUUUUGGCUUCUCACUGCCAGGAGUAUGAGAUCGUUCACAUCUUAUUGACGAAGGGGGCCCGCAUAGAAAGGCCUCAUGACUACUUCUGUAAAUGUUCAGAAUGUGUGGAGAAACAGAAGAAAGACUCCUUUAGUCAUUCACGCUCCAGGAUGAACGCAUAUAAGGGUCUGGCCAGCGCAGCCUACCUGUCACUCAGCAGUGAAGACCCUGUGCUCACUGCCCUUGAGCUCAGCAACGAACUGGCUAGAUUGGCCAACAUCGAGACAGAGUUUAAGAAUGACUACCGUAAGCUGUCCAUGCAGUGUAAAGACUUUGUGGUGGGUGUGUUGGAUCUUUGUCGGGACACAGAGGAAGUUGAGGCCAUACUGAAUGGUGAUGUGGAUCAGUGUCCGCCAAGCGCCUACAACCGACCCUGCCUCAGCCGUGUCAAACUGGCCAUCAAGUAUGAAGUAAAAAAGUUUGUUGCUCAUCCCAACUGCCAGCAGCAGCUGCUAACUAUCUGGUAUGAGAACCUUCCCGGCCUCAGACAGCAAUCUGUUGGUGUGAAGUGCUGGACAGUGCUUGGGGUAACUGUAGGUUUGCCCUUCCUGGCUAUCGCUUACUGGAUAAUGCCAUGUAGCAAGCUUGGUCAGAUUCUACGGAGCCCCUUCAUGAAGUUUGUUGCUCACGCCGUCUCCUUCACCAUCUUUCUUGGCCUGCUGGUUGUCAAUGCUUCUGACCGCUUUGAAGGUGUCAAGAACCUGCCCAAUGAGACCAUCACAGACCAUCCACGACAGGUGUUCAGAGUCAAAACCACCCAGUUUUCCUGGACGGAGAUGUUGAUCAUGAAGUGGGUGUUGGGAAUGAUUUGGUCAGAGUGCAAGGAGAUCUGGAGUGAUGGGCCCAGAGAGUACAUCAUGCACCUCUGGAACGUUCUAGACUUUGGCAUGUUGUCAAUCUUUGUGGCAUCCUUCACAGCCCGAUUCAUGGCAUUCCUCAAGGCAUCCAAAGCCCAGCAGUAUGUAGACAUGCAUGUACCAGAUGAAGACCUCAGCAACGCAUCACUGCCAGACGAAGUAGCUUACUUCACUUAUGCCAGGAACAAGUGGCGCCCAUCCGACCCUCAGAUCAUUUCAGAAGGACUCUACGCCAUCGCUGUGGUGCUGAGUUUCUCACGAAUCGCCUACAUCCUGCCGGCCAACGAGAGCUUCGGCCCAUUGCAGAUCUCACUCGGGCGCACUGUCAAAGACAUCUUCAAGUUCAUGGUCAUCUUCAUCAUGGUGUUUGUGGCCUUCAUGAUUGGCAUGUUCAACCUUUACUCAUACUACCUGGGAGCCAAGUACAAUCCUGCCUUCACCACGGUAGAGGAGAGCUUCAAGACUCUUUUCUGGUCGAUCUUUGGGCUGUCUGAAGUGAUCUCAGUGGUGCUGAAGUACGACCAUAAGUUCAUAGAGAACAUUGGCUACGUGCUGUACGGAGUCUAUAAUGUCACCAUGGUGGUUGUUCUUCUCAACAUGCUCAUUGCCAUGAUCAACAGCUCUUACCAGGAGAUAGAGGAAGAUGCAGACGUGGAGUGGAAGUUUGCCCGUGCCAAGUUGUGGCUCUCCUACUUUGAUGAGGGUCGCACCCUGCCGGCCCCCUACAACCUGGUUCCCAGCCCCAAGUCCUUCUAUUACCUGGUCCUCCGCAUCAAGUCCUGUCUGGUACACCUCUGCAAGGCCAACAGUCGACGCCACAACAACGAGCUGGAGUUGGGCAUGCUCAACUCACAGGUAAAGGAUGAACGCUUCAGAACUUACCCACGACCAGGAGAAGAGUUCAUCCAGAGAAAAUCUAGAAAACACCCAACCAGAUAUCAGAAGAUCAUGAAACGCCUGAUUAAACGUUAUGUGCUGAAAGCUCAAGUGGACAAAGAGAGUGAUGAAGUCAAUGAGGGUGAGUUGAAGGAGAUCAAGCAAGACAUUUCCAGCCUCCGCUAUGAGCUCCUGGAGGAGAAGUCCCAGGCCGCCGGAGAGCUGGCUCUGCUCAUCCAGCAACUCGGCGACAAGUUUGGCAAAAACACCAUGAGACACUGACAGGCUUUGCGAGAGUGGAUGCAAGGAGGGAGGAAAAUGUGAAAAAGGGUGAAAUGAGGAGGAGGUGGGAGCAGAAAGUAGGAUCAGACCAGGUAUUUUUAUGACCUUGAUAGUAUUAGACGGAGAGAAAAGUCACCAAGGAAGCAGGAUGUUUAUGAGAAUGGACAGGAUGAAUAGAGUAGUAAAAGCUGAAGGUGUAGAAACUAGGUAGAUUGAAAAUUUGCUAACCUAGGGUAAAACCCAAGUGCUUUGUUUGUGUAAUGACCAAUCAGAGAAGAAUGUGAACAGAAGAUUGUGACUGCAAAUGAGCAGGAGGUUAAACAGUCAGGGGUGAAGUAAACACCACUGCAGGGGUUUUGUGCUGUCAGUUCAGUUUUAAUUAAAGCCAGUGUCUUCAGGGAGUGAGAAAAGAGAGGAGGAAAGGGGCUCCCAGGCUGAAAGGGAGGCAGAAGAAGACGAGUGAGGAGAAGAACACAAAUAUGAGGAGAUAUGAAGAGGCAACCCAGGCCCCAAGAGUGAUGCAGAGCUGUAAUGAGAGUCCUGCAUCAGUGCAUCGCCAAUUCAGACCAACCCAGACUGGGGAAGACACAAAGAGCAGCAGGAGACCAGUAAAAGACCAUUAAGAAAGAUAACUUAGAAACUGCCACUGUUUUUUUACAAUGAAAAAAAAUAGUUCCACUGUGUGUCUUUAUUUUAUCAUGCCUGUGUGAAGUAAUGCACACACCAGGCUAUCUAAAUAAUACUCUUCCAUCUAAAAUUAUGAUAAAAGAGGAAUCAGGAAAGAUUGAUUUUGUGUGAAAGUCAAAAAUAUUCCUUUGAAACAAUCAACUUUAUACUCUAAAUCACCUAUAGUUGUGUUUUUGCUGCACAAUGUUAUAAUUGCUCAUUUUAUCAUUGUCAAAUAACAAAGUUUGGGGAAAUCUUUUACAGAAAAAAAAACAUAGAAUGUGAAAAUAUAAAGUGAGAACUUUGUAUGACUCCUCAUUCACUUCCUCUGAAUUUUAAAUGUGCAUAUUUUGAACAACACUGAACCAACAUGACCCACAUAACUGCUGUGCAUGUUCUCCCUUUUUAUUGGGCCUGUCUCCUACAAUACUAACCCGAAAGUGACACGUGCUCCAAGAGAUUUGUUUACAGCUGUAAAAAAAAAGAAAAAAGAAAAGAAAAGAAAAACAGUAGUUUCGAGCGAAGGUGAAGCAAGGGCAUUGGAAAAAUGGAGAAAAUCUCAGAGAUGGUGAAAUAUGUUUGAAUAGGAAGGGGUUUCAAAAAAAAAUGUGAAAUUCUUCUGCAGAAGCUGGAGUCAUUUGAUGGUCUUGUUUUGGUCUCUGGAAAAGUAUUUAACAUACUGCUGCACAAAGUUUUACAGCUUCACCAGUGAUUUAACUGACAUGUGAGUACAGGGGUAACAGUGGAAUGAUAACUUUAACUAAAGACCAUAGUGCAAUGUUAUAACGCAAAGCAGUCACACAUGACACGAAACAUUUUGUUUUUACAUCUGACAUGCUCAGAUGUUUUCAUAAGUCCCUUUCAGACAAGCAGCCUUUUCCAUUAAUCUGAUGGUAACUGAAUGUGUCAGUGUCAUGUCUGCAUACUUUUUACUUAACAAAUUGACACAAUUUGGCGCCUAUUAACAUGAGCACAUCACUUUUUAACAGGGCGGAGGUCUGAUCUGCAUGCAGUGACAUAAACGUGUGAGCAAACAUUAGCAUUUGCAACAGUCAAUCAGUGUUUGGGGUUGAGAGGUUUAGUUGCAGCAUCUCCUCUGUCUGACACAGGAUGCAUACACUCAAUGGUCACUUUAUUAGGUACACCUCUUCAGUUUUCUUGUUUACACAAAUAGCUAAUCAGUCAAUUACAUUGCAGCGACUCAGUGCCUUUUGGCAUGUUGACAUGGUCAAGGUGACUCGCUGAAAAUAUCUACUGAGUGGCAGUUUUUUUGGAUGAAAAUGCCUUGUUGAUGACAGAGGUCACAGGAGAUUGGACAGACUGGUUGAAGAUGAUAGAAAGGCAAAUAACCACUGGUUUCAGCUAUGGCAUAUAGAAUAUUAUCUUUAAACACAACAUGUUGGAAGCUGAAGCAGAUGAGCUACAGCAGCAGAAGACCACAUAAGGAAAAACAAAGUUUUUAUCUGGUGUGUUGACUCUCGAUUUCAGCUGCCACGUUCAAAUGGUGAGGUCAGAAUUUGGUGUAAACAACAUGGCAGCGUGGAUUCAUCCUGCUUUUUUUCAAUAGUUCAGGCUGCUGGUGGUGCAAUGGGGGAUAUUUUCUGGCACACUUUGGGCCUCUCUGAACCAACUUCUUCUGAUGGUUACUUCCAGCAGGAUAAUGCACCAUAUCACAAAGCUCAAAUCCUCUCUAACUGGUUUCUUAGACAAUGAGUUCACUCUACUGGUGGAACAGGAGUCUCAUCAUGGAUGUGCAGCCAAAAAUCUGUAGCAACCGUGUGAUGCUAUCAUGUUAAAAUGAGCUAGCAUCUCCAAGGAAUGCUUCCAACACCUUGCUGAAUCUAUGCCACAAGUGUUACACACAUCUGACAACAUCAUGGAACGAAUCUCUUCUUCUGAUCUCAGUUGUGUCAUCCCUUCAAGUGCUUGUUAUAUUUUUUUAAGUGAUGCAUUUUACGGGAUGUUUACUAGAAGAAAAGCCUUGUUGCUUCUCCUCACAUCUGACCAUUUACUUAAAAAAAUUUACAUCUAGUGACAAAUUUGAGUAGGCGGUGGUUGACUGAAGGUAUAAAGAAAAUUAUUGUUGACAUAAUUUGGAAACACAACAUUUCUGAUGUGGUUUAUUAUUCAAACAGUGUAGCAUAAUUCUCUUAUUUUCAGGAUCAGCUCCCUUAAUGUUCACUUUUGUAUACAGUUCCUGUAAAAACUCACUAAAACUGUCAUUUAGAUCCUUUUGCUAAAUGUUAAUAGAAAUGUACGAUAACAGUGUGAGCAUGUCAGUAAAGCAGCUUUUUAGAGUUAAUAAAUGGGUUUACAAGCAUCCUACAGUGAUUUUUGUUGGAUUCAGAAAAGAUAUAUAACAGUUCUUUUUAAAAAAGAAAAAAAAGAGUGUGUGGUGUUUGAAAGAGAGAAAGAGAAACAGAGAAGUGCUCAAAUGCUUUAACACCAGAACAUCUGUAUUCUGUUUGUCUGUGGAUGCUCUCAAAUAUGAUUGGCUUCCAUAAGGAAGGGUCAGCAGGGGAUUCUGCAGUUGUUACAAGUAGAUGACGGCUUCUGUUGCAUUUGACUGAAAAACAGUUCAAUGAAAUAUAAAUAUAUGCAGCUAUAUUUAUAAUAAAGCAUGUUAUUCAAUGAUAGGAGAAAACCUCUAGAGCUAAAAUCCUCCACUCACCAGUAGGUACAGCAGGCCCACACAUACUUCCUGGCAGCAUUAGUAUUUAAUCUGAUGGCUCUAAAUGUAAGGAAUGUCUUUUUAUAUAGUUUCUUUUUUUUCUUUUCAGAUCUAUUAAUGUUAUAUAGAGCCCAAUUUUCCUUUAGAUAAGUAAUGGGACUCCAAGUUGUGUCUAUUUAAAUUAUGUGUAAGAACUGCUGAUUAUGUGAAGAAACAGGCAGACAAAUAAAACUCCCACAGGAGGUUUUAUGUCUCCUGCAAAGACAGAUUACCUGGAAUACUGUAUUUUUAACUUGAACACAAGAAAUAUUGAAUACACUAAAAUCUUGUACUGUAUAUUGUCAUAUUUUUGACCCUUAAAUUAA